ACAAGAUAUCACGUUGUUCCCAUUGGUGCGUUUAAUUCACGUUGAGAGAACGCGAAUGAGUCCACGUCCACAAGUUUCGGUGUUAUAAUGCUUCUUGGGCACGGCUCUUUGUUGCAUCCCAAACGCUUAGCCUGGUCCACGCUUCCCCACGAACGCACCGUUGUCGUACACCUGUGACGAUUCGAUAAAACGACUAGCGUUUCAAGAAAGAGAGAGAAAGACGAAGCGUUUUAGAGAGAGAAACAGAGAAAGAGAGAGUUCACGAGCGUGUGUAUGUAUGUGUGCGAGAUCUGAUCGAAAACAAGGUAAUUGAGCUUUGAAACCCUACUACUGAUUUUUCUCUACGAUUUGUUUGUCAAGAUUCUGAUUCUUCCUUUCUGAGGAGGUUCUGAGUGAGGCGUGAAAAUUUUCAUGGUGGAAGGAAGCCCUAAGAAUUUCUAGGGUUUGGUUUCUUGUUUCUUGUUUUUUUGUGUGUGAUUUUUUGAUUUGUUGGUGCGUAAAACCCUAGGAUUUCGGGGAUUUGGGAUUGGUGUUAGGAUUAGGGUUUUGGAUUUAUGGCUUCGGGGCCAGUGGUUGGAGGGGAUGACGAAGCCAAAGAGAAACAGAGAUUUGGAGAGAGGAAGGUUUACACGAGGAGGAAAGUGCUCAAAGGUCAGAAGAAAGACCCUAACGCCCCAAACACUGUUGCUUCCACCACUGAAAAUAACGCCACAACCACUUCUACCGUUACCAAUGACAGUAUCAAUAACAGAACUGUCCAGAAGAGCAAAGUUGGUGAGUCUGGUGCGGCCAAGAGCAAUAGUGAGAACGUUGUGGUCCAGCCUCCUGAACAGUCUGCCGUGGAGAAGGAUACUGCUCAGCCUCAAGUGAGUUCAAGAUUAGAGGAUGGGAUUUUGGGGCAGAACCCAUUGGAGGAGGAUCAGAUGCAAGUGAGUUUAAGACUGGAGAAUGGGAAUACAGUUCAAACACCACUGGAGGAUCAGGAUAUGACACUGACAGAAGGGAGUUCAAGAAAGGAGGAUGAAAAUAUAACUCAGCCUCAUUUGGAGGAUGGGAAUAUGGUUCUGUCCAAUGGGAAUUUGAGGUUGGAGGAUGGGAAUAUGGCCCAGCCUCAGGCGAAUUCAAGAUUGGAGGAUGUGAACAUGUCCCAAAUUCAAGAGGGUGGGAAUAUGGCUCAGCCUCAAGUGAGUUCAAAGUCAGAGGAUGGGAGUGCAGCUCUGCCACACACGGGUUCAAGGUCAGAAGAUGGAAACACAGCCCAGCCACGAGUGUCACUGGAUGGGAAUAUGACUCAACCACAAUUGAGUUCAAGAUCAGAGGAUGGGAAUAUAGCUCAGAUACAAGUGAGUCCUAGGUCAGAAGAUGUCAACAUGGUUCAGCCGCAAGAGAGUUCAAAAUUGGAGGGUAAAAAGUCCCCUCAGCCAGAAGUGAAUUCAAGAAUGGAGGAUGGGAAUUCACCCCAGCUGCAAGUGAACUCAAGAUUGGUGGGUGGGGUUUUGCCUCUGUCACAUGUAAAUUCAAGAUGGGAUGGGGAUACAGUUCAACCACCAGUAGUGCUGGUCUCUGAUGACUUGUAUAAUCGGCAGCGUGAUGAACCUUCUAGCCUCAAUGUUGAGCAGGAGGAUGAUGGACCUUUAAGCCCCAGCCCUCAUCAGGAGGCAGUUCCUAGCACCCGAGGCCUUCCAUUGGGGAAUGGGGUUGUGGAGCCUCGACAGAGGGAUCGAAUCAAGAUAAGCUUGUCCUCAAAAUCAAAACAGCAAAUACGGGAGAUUCGGUGGAAGCUUGAAAGUGAGCUUGAUGUUGUAAGAAGUUUGGUUAAUAGGAUUGAAGUGAAGCAGAGGCAAGUUGGUGGAUAUCGCAACUCAAAUGUCCUGGUUGCUAGUGGGAUGGAUAAUGUGGGUGGAGCAAAGCGUGCUCACUCAGAGGUGGCAUCUGUUGGUGUUCCAAGGGAACCUGCCAGUUCUAGGCCUUUGCACCAGUUAAGUUUGUCAAUGUUGGAGAAUAGUCAGGGGAUUGGUGAAACUGUUGAGAAGGAGAAGAGGACACCUAAAGCAAACCAAUUUUAUCGUAACUCAGAGUUCUUGCUUGCGAAAGAUAAAUUUCCCCCAGCAGAGAGUAACAAGAAAUCAAAGUUGAAUUGGAAGAAACAAGGUGGUGGAGAAAUGCGACAUGGUUUUGGGAUGGGAUCUAAGUUUUUCAAAAGCUGUAGUUCACUGCUUGAAAAAUUGAUGAAACACAAGCAUGGUUGGGUGUUUAAUGCUCCUGUUGAUGUUGAGGGUCUUGGUUUGCAUGAUUAUUUUACUAUCAUCACUCAUCCAAUGGACUUGGGAACUGUAAAGUCAAGGCUGAACAAGAAUUGGUACAAAUCACCAAAGGAAUUUGCAGAGGAUGUGAGACUCACUUUUAAUAAUGCCAUGACAUAUAAUCCAAAGGGACAAGAUGUUCAUAUAAUGGCAGAGCAGUUAGCAAAGAUAUUUGAAGACAGAUGGGCUAUAAUCGAGUCAGAUUAUAAUCGGGAGAUGAGAUGUGGGUUUGAUUAUGGAGCAGCUCCCCCUGCACCUUCACCUUUAUCAAGAAGGGUUUCUGCUUUUACACCACCACCACAUCUUGAUAUGAGACGGAUUUUGGAUAGAUCAGAAUCAAUGACACAGACUCCAAAACCUAUGAGCUUUACUCCGUCAAGUAGAACCCCAGCCCCAAAAAAACCAAAAGCAAAAGAUCCUUACAAAAGAGACAUGACAUUUGAGGAAAAACAAAAACUAAGCACUAACCUUCAGAGUUUACCUUCAGAGAAGCUUGAUGCUAUUGUACAAAUCAUUAAGAAGAGAAAUUUAGCACUUGAUCAACAUGAUGAUGAAAUUGAAGUAGACAUUGAUAAUGUGGAUGCUGAAACACUCUGGGAGCUUGAUAGAUUUGUGACCAACUAUAAGAAAAGUUUGAGCAAAAAUAAAAGGAAGGCUGAACUUGCACGAGCUCGAGCAGAAGCCUUGCAGCAGAAUGCCAUCCAGAAGAGCCAGGCACCAGCUAUAGAAGAGAUUCCAAAGGAAAUACAAACAGAUGAAAGGAAUGUUCCCCAAUCAUUGCCUGUGCAAGGGGGAAAUCAAGCUGACAACGGGAGUAGGUCAAGCAGUUCAAGUAGUUCCAGCAGUGAUUCUGGAUCUUCUUCAAGUGAUUCUGAUAGUGACAGUUCCUCAGCGUCUGGAUCUGAUGCAGGGUCACAAGGAACCUAAAUAUGCUGCUGAUCUCAGAAUUUUAGAGUAGAGAGUGUCUUGAUGCCCGCCUAGUUUGGUUUUUGAAGCUUCUAGAUUAUUAGUUUAACUGUUGGAUUGUAGAUGAAGCAUUGUGAAGGCCAGCGGUGAUCCUACUGAUGCAGCAUGGGAUAUUUUCUUCCCUUUCGUUUGAACUUGCUCAACUUGUGCUUGGCCUUCUCUUCUAGUUGGCAUUCUCGACACGAAUUCUUGUAUAAUAUUUGGUAGAAUGUGAUGAUAGUUAGGUAGUUAAUUUUCCGUAGCAUGUGUACAUUGCUAACUACUGCUGCGCAAGCAUUGACUUCCAUUGAUAACAUGUUUUUUAAUUAUGUGCUAGCAGAUUCAAGAUCUUGGUGCCAUACGAAGAUAAUAUGUAAUUCCUUGUUCUUGAAAAUCUUAUUCCGUGUAGUUUGUAACCGUUAAAAUGCAAGGGAGGAUCUUAUUCCAUU